ACUAGACUUCUAACUGUUUAUAAGGAUUUCUUCUCAAUGUCUUGCACAUUCAAACUUUUUUCAAAAUGUCAGACGACAAAAUUUGGUUGUAUGGUGUUUAUGAAUCAAAGGCUAAACAUAAGCAAUACCCAAAAUAUGCUCUGUCCUAAGGAAGAUACAUAUAAUAAAAAUACCUUUUAUGGAGGCAAAAAUUUGAAAAAUUGGACUCAAGAAGAGAUGGAGAUGUUAACAGAGACUGAAAAAUGCCUUCCAUUAAUGGAAACCAUCAUGGAUAGCCCUCUUUUCAUAGAUGAUUGGGAGGAAAUGUCAAAAAAGAAUAAAGAUAAAUAUGCUGUUCUUUCUGAUGUGUUUUCUCACGAUAAAAUUCAGAGUGUGAGCAUUAUUUUGAAAAAUACUAUACAUCCAAUAAAAGAAGCGAUACUGAAUCGUUGGAAGAAGAAAAAAAUCGAGGAACUAGGUGAACAAGGAUUCUUAGAAUACUCAAAAAAUAUCCUAAGCGAGGGACAUCACUUGCAUAAAUUAAUUCAAGAUUUUUUAAAAAAAGUAAUCACAAUUGAAGACGACGGAUCAGCUCAUUGGGAAAGCAUGAAACCAGUUCUUCGAGAAAUAUCACCAGACGAUGUCCAUUGCGUAGAAGCUGAUGUAAAUCAUCCGAUGCUAUUUUACCAUGGUAGACUAGACUGCGCCAUAAAAUAUAAAAACAAGCUUUGCAUUGUGGAUUGGAAAUUAGCUACGAAAAGAAAAGACAAUUUAAAAGAUUUAUAUGAUGCUCCUUAUCAAGUUGCUGCAUAUGUGGGUGCUUUUAAUAUUUCGAAGGACUCUUCAGAGCAAGUAGCUAAUGCAAUUAUUGUACAGGGUUAUCGUGAUGGAUCACCAGCUACUGUUCAUUACUUGAAUGAAUUUGCCUUGGAAUUUUAUUGGAAAGGAUGGCUGAGAAGGCUUGCGAGAAACCAUGCAAGAAAAUUAAAUUCUCAACUAACAGAUGAUAAUUCAUCACAAAGUAAAGAUUAAAUUUCCUAGAAUUCCAGGCGUUGUUAAAGAUCUGUUAGCAUUGAGGAGUGAA